UCUGUGGAUGGAUAUACUGAACCACACAUCCAGCCUACCAAAUCGAGUAGCAGACAGAACAUCCCUCGGUGUAGAAACUCCAUUACGUCCGCAGCAGACGAACAGCCUCACAUUGGGAAUUACCGUUUACAAAAAACAAUAGGGAAGGGGAACUUUGCCAAAGUGAAAUUGGCAAGGCAUGUUCUAACUGGGAGAGAGGUUGCUGUGAAAAUAAUAGAUAAAACUCAGCUAAAUCCUACCAGUCUACAAAAGUUGUUUCGAGAAGUACGAAUAAUGAAGAUAUUGAAUCACCCUAACAUAGUAAAAUUGUUUGAAGUUAUUGAAACAGAGAAGACCCUCUAUCUAGUCAUGGAAUACGCAAGUGGGGGUGAAGUAUUUGAUUACUUAGUUGCCCAUGGAAGAAUGAAAGAAAAAGAGGCCCGUGCAAAAUUUAGGCAGAUUGUGUCCGCUGUACAGUAUUGUCAUCAAAAGUGCAUUGUUCACCGUGAUCUUAAGGCUGAAAACCUUCUCCUUGAUGCUGACAUGAAUAUUAAAAUUGCUGACUUUGGUUUUAGUAACGAGUUUACAGUCGGGAACAAAUUGGACACAUUUUGCGGAAGUCCCCCCUACGCCGCUCCCGAGCUCUUCCAGGGGAAGAAGUACGACGGGCCCGAGGUGGACGUGUGGAGCCUGGGCGUCAUUCUCUACACGCUGGUCAGCGGCUCCCUGCCGUUUGACGGCCAGAAUCUGAAGGAACUUCGGGAGCGAGUCUUACGCGGGAAAUACCGCAUCCCCUUCUAUAUGUCCACCGACUGUGAAAACCUUCUGAAGAAAUUAUUAGUGCUGAAUCCCAUUAAAAGAGGCAGCUUGGAACAAAUAAUGAAAGAUCGGUGGAUGAAUGUUGGUCACGAAGAAGAAGAACUAAAGCCAUAUACUGAGCCUGAACCAGAUUUCAAUGACACAAAAAGGAUAGAUGUCAUGGUCACCAUGGGUUUCGCACGAGAUGAGAUAAAUGACGCCUUAAUAAAUCAGAAAUACGAUGAAGUCAUGGCUACUUACAUUCUUCUAGGUAGAAAACCACCUGAAUUUGAAGGCGGUGAGUCAUUAUCCAGUGGAAACUUGAGUCAGAGGUCGCGGCCCAGUAGUGACCUAAACAACAGCACCCUCCAGUCCCCCGCUCACCUGAAGGUCCAGAGGAGCAUCUCGGCCAAUCAGAAGCAGCGGCGCUUUAGCGAUCAUGCUGGUCCAUCCAUCUCCGCGGCCGUAUCGUACACAAAGAGGCCUCAGGCCAACAGCGUGGAGAGUGAGCAGAAAGACGAGUGGGACAAGGACGGGGCAGCGCGCAAACUCGGCAGCACGACCGUGGGAUCGAAGAGCGAGGUGACCACCAGCCCGCUCGUGGGGCCGGAGAGGAAAAAGGCGUCCACUAUCCCGAGCAACAACGUAUAUGCUGGAGGAAGCAUGGCAAGAAGGAACACGUAUGUCUGUGAAAGGACCACAGACCGCUACAUGGCCCUGCAAAAUGGAAAAGACAGCAGCCUCACGGAGAUGUCGGCCAGCAGCUUGUCUUCUGCCGGCUCCGCCGUGGCCCCUGCUGUCCCCUCGGCACGGCCCCGCCACCAGAAGUCCAUGUCCGCCUCCGGGCACCCCAUCAAAGUCACACUGCCAACCAUUAAAGACGGCUCCGAAGCUUACCGACCCGGGACCACCCAGAGAGUGCCUGCCGCGUCCCCGUCUGCCCACAGUAUUAGUGCCAGCACCCCAGACCGGACCCGCUUUCCCCGCGGCAGCUCCAGCCGCAGCACCUUCCACGGGGAGCAGCUCCGGGAGCGGCGCAGCGCCGCCCACGCUGGGCCCCCCGCGUCUCCGUCCCACGAAAGCGGGGCCUUUGCCCACGCCCGGCGGGGCACGUCCACCGGCCUCAUCAGCAAGAUCACCUCCAGAUUCGUUCGCAGGGAUCCAAGUGAAGGCGAAGCCAGUGGCAGAACAGACACCUCAAGAAGUACAUCCGGGGACCCGAAAGAAAGAGACAAGGAAGAGGGGAAAGACCCCAAGCCACGCUCUCUGCGCUUCACCUGGAGCAUGAAGACCACGAGUUCCAUGGACCCCAAUGACAUGAUGCGAGAGAUCCGGAAAGUGUUAGAUGCAAACAACUGCGAUUACGAACAGAAGGAGAGGUUUUUGCUCUUCUGCGUCCACGGAGAUGCCCGCCAGGACAGCCUCGUGCAGUGGGAGAUGGAAGUGUGCAAGCUGCCACGGCUGUCGCUGAACGGGGUCCGCUUCAAGCGAAUCUCGGGAACGUCGAUUGCCUUUAAGAACAUCGCAUCUAAAAUAGCCAAUGAGCUCAAACUGUAAAGGAACUCCACGUGGCAGGAUCAGGGAAGACACAUCCGAAUGAGGUACAGUUCUUGAAUGUACUGGGUAAUAUGCCUAAUGCGAUUGGCCUGUGAAUCACCCAUGUAGAAUUUGCCCUUAACACGAUAAGGUUAUACAUAGUUAUGAACUGUAAAAUUAAAGUCAGUAUGAACUAUAAUAAAUAUCUGUAGCUAAAAAAAAGUAGGUUCACAUGUACAGGUAAGUAUAUUGUGUAUUUCUGUUCAUUUUCUGUUCAUAGAGUUGUAUAAUAAAACAGAUGAUUGCUUCAAAACUUG